AUGGGAACUUGUAAGCGAGAUAAGUGCGACAACGCAAAAUCGUCUGACACCAUCGAGAAUUCAGUUGGAAAGAUCUGCCAGGAUUCACCUUCUGUAAUCCGAGCUAUGGGUGUCUACUUACAUGCAGAUGUCUCUCCUGUCAGCCCUCAUGUUUCUACAAAUGCUGUGCAACGCCAACAUCGGAAGCUAUUUAUACCGUGUUUACUUGCCCAUCAUGGGAACUACAAAAAGAAAGGAAAACGUUCACGAUGUUUCUCGUUCCGGACAGGGGAUUUUACAUUAUCGCUUCUGUCAUCCAUUUCACUCCAGCUUCCAAUCCUCGCGUCAGCAUUCAUCACUGAUGGAACAAGAACUGCGACAACCAUGAAGGCUCAAGCCAACGAACUGACGCCAGCAACACAGCAACACCGAGAUAAGUGCGACAACCCAAAAUCGUCUGACACCAUCGGAGAAUUCAGUUGGAAAGAUCUGCCAGGGUUCACCUUCUGUAAUCCGAGCUAUGGGUGUCUACUUACAUGCAGAUGUCUCUCCUGUCAGCCCUCAUGUUUCUACAAAUACUGUGCAACGCCAACAUCGGAAGCCAAACUAGAUGCUACUCAAUUCCUCUGCCUUUUUUCUACAAGAGCUUGCACCUGUUCUACCAGGUCCUACAAAGCGACAUGCACAUGUCCAAAAAGAGAUAUUUCACCGUACAGGACUCGGAAUACCUUCCCCCUAAUCAACAAAAGUGUCAUCAUCGAACAACAUGAUGAUACCAUAGCUGCUCACACUUCAUCCCGAGUCGAUAUGGUCAAUCUCUGUCCAAACUCACAAUGGAAACAACAAAGGACAAUGUUCCAUAACGAGUUCGUCAAUGUAUUGGAAAGCUAUUCGUGUCCGCUAGGAGCCAAAGUUCCCAUCGUAUGCUACUCCACCGAAGAACAAACGACUGCCGACAUCACUUGCGAACAAGAGCAACAAGUCGCCAUCUGCACCAAGACUGGAAAGCUAAACGAAAUGAUAUUUCACUUUCGCUCACCGGAAAUCGCAACGAAGUGCACCGUCUCUUGCCCCGGAGGGCAAUCCAGCUUCCCAAACAGAAGGCGCACUUGA